CCUUUCGUCGGGGUCGCGCGCGCCGCAUCCUGUUGGGUUGUUGGCGUCGUCACGACGCAUCGUUCGGCGAGCGCGGCGCGACGCGACGCGACGCAACCCGUUCGGCGUCGCGGACGAAGAUGCACCGGCGGCAGGUGCGCGAGCUUUCAGACGAAUUAUGAUACACGUGUCGUCCGAGAGCGCACACAGGUAUGACCGGGUGAAACGUAAAGGUGCGGCUUUCUUCACGAAUUUGUUCAAGUCGAGAAAGCUGGCGUUAGGGAUGAAGAUUAACGAGGACGAAGAAACGGAACGCGCGCCUAGGGUGGAAACUCCCGCGAUCAUCACCACUACUUGUCGUCGGAACGGCUUCGAGAACGAUAACAACACUAUGUCGCGAAUUCCGUCGACCUUGAGCGUGACGGCGGUGGACGUGGUCGUCGCCUGUCAACCGUCACCGUCGCAUUCCAUUCUGACCCUGACACCCGGUAGAACGCGUAACAUCGAUCAGGAUAUGGAGGCGCUCAGGUUGAGUCGUCAGGAUAAUCCUUUCCUGCAGGUACUAGCGAGUCGCGAGAGUCUUGUGGAAUCGAUCGAGGAGUCUGAGUCUGACGAUGCGAUUCUGAUGUCGCAGGAAUUGGGCGACGCAGAUCCGCUGACACUCGCGCAGGUACAUGAGCACCUGGUGCGCAGUCCACCGCCGGCGUCUUGGCCCAAUUCCACGGCCUUCCACUUUCCCCAUCAGGACCUGAGCACCACCCCAGGCAAGAACGACAACAAUGCAGCGCCGCCGUCGAAGAGCCCGUCGAAGACGCCCUCGCAUCGCGGCAAUGAAAAUGAGCUCUCCAGGAGCGAACCAUCGACGGAUAUUAGAGAUCGACACUCACAUCCAUUCUCGUUGCUCCAUCCGACGCCGAUUCGCUCGUUGUCGGAAGUUCGGCGACUUCAUCGCUCAGCGGACGACAGCGUGCAGCUGAUGUCGAGUGAAUAAGUUCCGGCGAGGCAUCGGGAGAAGCGAUCCUAAUCGUUGUGAAAACAGUUCCUUGCAAAGAAAGGACAUCGACUUGCGACUCGGGACUCGGGUUUGCUUCGUGGAGCAACGACUGUCGACGAGCUGACGGAGGAUUUCUCAUGGGCGGAGACGAGAGUCCGUGACCGCCUUCAAGCAAGCAAGUUUUGUCCUGAUACCGAGAAGGAUCAUCGAGGGAUCUUCUCUCGCGUAUACGAUCCUUGACUCGCGCGACACGGUUGUACACGCACGGACGCGCGCGGAAUUCAGACGAUAAUUGUCGAGACAAGACACGGCGCAAUUAACGAUGCUUCGAAGCAUAAUUAUCAGCGACUUUCAAGCGCAAUUCCUCACCACCGCUCUUUUCAGAGCGGAGAUAAAGAGAUGCAGAUAUUGUAGACGCAAAAUACGUGAUAAUUUUCAUCAUUGCGAUCUAUCGGACCCUGAGUAGACAAUUCGUCAAAUUUAUUUUCGAUCGGCUGAUCGGAAGGUUGAUUCUUCGGAGCUUUUACGAAUUUACCCGUUUAGCUUGAACGAACUUGACUGACGUUUAUUUAAACUGUUUUUUUCCAUAACUUAUAAUUAUUCGCAAUUACGAUCGCACGUUUUACGAACGGGCCUACUUUUUAGAGAUAGCUGAUAAAUAUAGUCCGAGUACGUCGACGUUCUCUUUGUCGCUCUUCUUGUACUGAGUGAUUGACUUAGUGUUCGCACACGUUGAUUUUUAUAUCGGUUCGAGCAGCAACGUAUUAACAAAUAACAUUAGUUAACGACACAAACGAUAUUCAGAGAGAAAUAUUCACUUUGGCUUUUUGAGGCUACGCCAAACUGAGAGAUUUCGAAGAUAUUGCGUGAAAUAUUUUGUGCGCUGAUUUGCAAAAUACUUGGGGAGAUUUUCGGGGAAGGAAGUUACAUUAUUGCAUAAUUAUUAUCUAAUUAACGAAGCUAUCGUCUCUGUUAAAUCGUCAGCUGAGAGAGAAUCGGACGAAUUUUAUUCAUUAUAUCUUAGAGAGUGUUUCUUUUUUGUACAAUUUGAUAAAUAUUUAUAUUAUGUUUUUAGACUUUAUCGAAAAACGAUGCAACGUUACGUAACGAUUAGAACGUCAGAAAUUAGAACGUUAGAGCAAUGCGUGUAAUUAUUGAUUAUUAUUACGAGGGCAAUGUAUUGACUCGAGAUCUGUUAUAGAUAUAAUAGUUAUUGUUGACGCACAUGUCUAUAAUUAUUCGUGCAAUUUAAAUGUCUAUUUUACGUAGCUGUUUUAGAAGUGUUUGACAUUUGAUUGUAAUUGCUCUUCUAUACUAAUUGGCCAUUAUACGAUCGCUCUUGAUUGUUGUUGAACCGCGAGUUAUAUGUUUCUUUCUUUUAAGUAAUUUAAUGAUCAAAUUGCCGCUACCUUGAAACUCUCUGACUUAUAAAGACAAUUCUGAGAAAAAAUAAUUUCGGGACACUUGUGACAAACUUGUGACUCACGGAGAUUAAUUAAUUUCUAACGCUGACGAUGCGCCAAAUGUACAGGCCUCAAUUAAACAAUUCCUCAAAUUAGAUGAGUAAACGGAUAGUUAUAAGAACUUUUUUAUGGGGACGGGCAAAACAGUGGACGGGUUUGUCGAUGACGAUUUACAUCCCACAUACUGAAAGUAAUAUUUCUUUUAAUAAUAAAGAACCGUCGUCAAUGAAUUCUCAACGAAUCAGAACCAGCCAAUUGUUUCUUCUUCGCUUUUUAAGAUAACGGUUGACCUCUUUCUAACGUAAAUUGUAAUGUAAACGGAAUCUGACGUGCUCUCAUUAAUUUUACGAAAUUAAUAUAAUAUUAAUUAAUA